AUGGCGCCUCACGCUGAACCCGAGGCGGUAACGGAUACUUCGUCCUUCGUGUUGGCAGACCCUGUGCUCGCCAACGGGGAUACACACUCGGUCUUCACCGUCGACCAUGUCUUACCUCAUCGCCAGAAAACAGGGCCGCCCCCGACGACGGUGGCUGCCUUCUCGAGUGCGGACAUGUUCAAGAGUAAAGGAUGCUUCAGAAAACCAGAGGCUAAACGGUGGGAUCAUCGUCUCUCAGUAGAGAGCAAGGCUCGACAAGCUUCGUCGUUGAAGGGGGCGAUGAAGUAUUUCCGAGCAGAUACUAUCAGCCUCUGUGGCGGGCUACCGUCGAGCGACUAUUUCCCUUUCGAGGAGCUCAGUGCAAAACUCCCCGUCUCACCUGAAUUCUCAGAAGCGGAAACACACGAGUCCGGCCGGGUGUUUUCGACAGGCAAGCAUGACGCUCGGGAUGGCAAGUCGCUCCUCGAUCUAUCGAUUGCCCUCAACUAUGGCCAGUCGAUGGGUCCUGGGGCACUGAUCCGCUUCCUCACCGAACACACGGAAAUCGUCCACAACCCGCCGUACUCGGAUUGGGACAUCUGCAUGACCGCCGGCAGCACUUCGGCGUUGGAAAUGGCGCUCCGCAUGUUUUCUGAGAGGGGACACUACGUGAUCACCGAGGAGUAUACGUUCAGCACCGCCAUUGAGACGGUCGCUCCCUUGGGAUGCAAAAUGCUCGGCAUUAAGAUGGAUGCCGACGGAAUGCUUCCUGCGGAAUUGGACGACGUCCUGUCCACCUGGGAUGAGAGUGUAAGGAAAGCGCCGAAGCCGUUUCUCGUGUACACGGUGCCAACGGGGCAAAACCCGACGGCGAGUACGCAGUCGCUCGAGCGCCGAAAACAAAUCUACGCGGUGGCCGAAAAACACGACCUGUACAUCCUCGAAGACGAGCCUUACUACUUUCUCCAGAUGGAACCAUUUGUUUCUGGCCAGACGCACGAGGUUCCCAAACCUUUCAAGCCGGCGCCUGUGGCGGAAUUUUUGAAGAACCUCGUCCCUUCGUACCUGUCGCUCGACACGUCGGGCCGGGUGCUCCGCCUCGAUUCCUUCUCCAAGAUUAUCGCCCCAGGCAGUCGCUGCGGCUGGGUCACGGGGUCGAAGCAGGUGAUUGAGCGCUUCAUCCGGCACAACGAGGUCAGCGCGCAGAAUCCCGCGGGUUUCGCCAUGGUCCACCUGUACAACCUGCUCGAGGAGAACUGGGGCCACCAGGGGUUUUUGGAGUGGCUCAUGUUCAUCCGCGCCGAGUACACGCGGCGCCGGGACAUUAUCGUGAACGCCUGCGAACGGCACCUCCCCGCGCAGAUCUGCAGCUGGGUGGCCCCCAAGGCGGGCAUGUUCCACUGGAUCAACGUCGACGUCACCAAACACCCGCUGUACAAGGCGCGAUGUACGUCCGGGGGCCACGUCGACUACGCGACGCUGUUGGAGAUCGAGGACUCCGUCUUCCUCGCCGCGGCCGAGCAGUCGGUCCUUAUCGCCAAGGGGUCGUGGUUCCGAGCCCAGCGGGGCAGCGACACCCAGUUGUUCUGUCGCACGACGUUUGCGGCCGCCCCGGCCGAGAAGAUUGUCGAAGCCAUCAGCAGGGUCGGCGCCGCGCUCAGGAAGGAAUUCGAACUGGACGAACCCGAAGGGGGCGAGCGCAACGGUCAUGCGAGGUGA